GGAAUAACAAAGUAGUAAUAACGGAGUAGGUAGGUAUCAGGUCUCGCUAUUGGCAAGUAGUGUCUAAGAAACCUCCGGUGCCGAGGGAGUCGGUGGGGACCCACCUGAGGACAAGCUUGCGACUCGACAAGGAAUGUCAUCAAUUUGUAAAUGGAUAACUCGAGUGGAAGAGAAAGUUCAGUUCAGUGGCCGAAAAUAAUUCACGAUGUAACUACACCUUCGCUGGCCGAGUUUAUCGAAGACGAAUCAAACAACGUGACGACGGUGGUGAUAUUCGUGGUUUCCGCAGUCUUAGUCAUAAUUCUCAUUUUCCUUAUGGCUGUUUUCAUAGACUGCCGGCAGCAGAAAAUCCAAGAUUUCGAGGCGCAAUCCAAGAAAAAGGCUCGAAUUAAGGUUAGAAGAAUAGUCCCCAGAGUACUGGGAAUUCCUAGAAGGUGUGAAGACAAUCAAACCAUCGUGGAUAACAUGGAAACUACGUCCUCGAACAUGAUUGUGUAAAUGAAUGUGUAAACCGCGAUUUAAAGGAAAAAUAUGUAAUGUGCCUUGUAUUAUAUUAUGACUGUGAUUUUUUACAUAUAUAUCCAAAAUAUAUAGAACAAUGUUUUUGUAAUUCUGGUUGAAUGAGUAGCCCCAGAGAAGAG